GACCAGUAGGCAGUAACCACAGUCCAAGACCCAAAGAGUGUAGAAAAAUGGCGGAUUUUACCGCCAAUGGACGAAAAUAGUAAGAGCUAUCACUCUCAGGCUUCAGCGACAGCAGAUGGAGGCGGCAGCUUCAGCAGCUCCCCACUCACACUCGCUCCCUUUCUUUUGUCGUCAAACAACUCAUUCUUCCAUUCCACAGAUCGGAAGAAGCCCGACCAAGACUCGAUUUCCUGAUUCAUGGCUUCUCCUUCUUCUACCGACAGCAAUGGUUCAUCAUCAUCAUCCUCCUCGCCGCCGAUCAUCAGCAUGGCUGCAGAUCAUCUCUUCACAGUCCUGCUCCUGCUCCCCGUCGAAUCGAUCCUCUCCUUCGCCGCCACCUGCAAGAGGUUCAGCUCCCUCGCGACUUCGGACGCGCUCUGGGAGUCGGUUUGCGCCAGGGAAUUUGGGGAUUCCUCUGUCCACGCCCUCAGAUCUUCCCUCUUACCCAAUUUCAGAAACGUUGCUGCGAAACCGUGGAUGGCGAUGUACAAGAAGUUGUCACGGCUUGACACCGUGUCCUGCCGCAGGCUUCUCACGGACCCAGAUCAAUUGGAGGGGAUUCCCAGCCCAAGGGCUUCUCACUCGCUCAACUUCAUCUCUGAUUGCUUGGUCCUCUUUGGCGGCGGCUGCGAAGGAGGACGCCAUCUCGACGAGACAUGGAUAACAUAUGUUGGCAGUAACUCUCAAACAACGGUAAAAUGGCAGAAAGUCAGUACAGGGAUCCCCAGUGGUAGGUUUGGGCAUACAUGCAUUGCUAUUGGCAAUUAUGUCAUCCUGUUUGGUGGUAUCAAUGACCGUGGAGUCCGUCACAACGACACAUGGAUUGGGCGAGUGCUAUCCACGGAGAAUAGUGCUGUUGGUGGUGGAAUUACUUUUUCGUGGCGGCUGCUUGAUCUUGAUCUGGGUUCCGCCAGGGCUCCACCACCAAGGGGUGCUCAUGCUGCUUGUUGCUUCGAGAGGAAGAUGGUCAUCCAGGGAGGCAUAGGGCUUUAUGGCCUGAGGUUAGGCGACACAUGGGUUUUGGAUCCAUCAGAAGACUUCUGUUCAGGAACAUGGCGUGAACUGCUGACUUAUCCAGCACCUCCACCGCGAUCAGGGCACUCGAUGACCUGCAUUGGAGGAACCAAAAUGGUUCUCUUUGGUGGAAGAGGGCUGGGGUAUGAGGUCAUGGAUGACUUGUGGCUUCUGCAAAUGUCUGAAGGUGGUGAUCUGAGGUGGGUGCAGGUAAUGUAUGAAAAUCAGAAGGUGCCUCAAGGUGUGUCGCUGAGACGAGUUGGUCAUUCAGCUACAACGAUCUUGGGAGGGCGGCUGCUGAUCUACGGAGGAGAAGAUUCACUUAGGCACAGAAAAGAUGACUUCUUGAUUCUGGACAUCGAGGCGGUUAAGCCUAUCAGAGAGCAGCUGCCACCUCCGGCGUUGAAUACCAGGAGAUUGCAGCAGGCAUUGUCUAGUUUGUGGAAGAGGAUCAAUGUAAAGGGUCACAAACCAAACCGUAGGUCGUUCCAUAGAGCUUGUGGAGAUCAAUCGGGGCGUUAUUUGUACCUGUAUGGUGGGAUGGUGGAUGGUUUGCUUCAGCCUGGUGAAGCUGCUGGUUUGAGGUUUGAUGGGGAGCUCUUUGUUGUAGAACUUUUUCAGUAGCCUUGUAAAUCAUCAGAAAUAAAGAAAGAAAAAGUAAUGAGAUUGCAUCGCCAACUAGCUCCAUCUACAGCAUUGCUGUUGUAGUUUGUGUUUUUCACUCUCGCUGACCACCGACGGGCUGUUGCUUGCUGUAGAAGUCAAAGAUGAAACCUGAAACCUUGUACUUAAGAUCUGAAUAUCGCAACCUUCUAAAAUGAU